AUGGCCGACUGGAGCGAGCAUGCCCACUACGGCAAUGCCAAUGGCCCCAUGGGUCUGCCGCCAGCCGUCACUGCACUCACCUUCGACUCAUACAGCGAGCUCCUCUGGCAAGGCACCUCUUUCGGCACCGUCUCUUCGCUUUACUCGUCACAACUCUCGCGCUAUACAUCAUACGCUGCGCAUGGCGUACCGACCCGGCCCUCGCCCGCAAAGGGCAUCCUAGCAGACGAACGACACAUCUACUCGAUUGGUGACAACACCAUCAAGUGCUCGCAGCGCCGCGGUCUUGCCAAAUGGACCACCCUCACUCAGGACAUUGGCACCAAUGCCAUGAACCUCGUCUCCAUGUGCGCUUCUCCGCUCGCAGCCUCGUCCGAUAUCGUCGCCGCAGGCUUGUCUCAGUCUGCUGCCAACACGGGCGAGAUCGACAAUGACAACGACCUCAUCGUCACGGUCAACAACAGCACCGGAGCUGUCGUCCGCACAGUGCCUGCAGAAGCACCCAUUGUACACGUGCGCAAGAGCGGUCGCUAUGUAUGCGCGGGCACCGUCAAUGGACAUGUUCAGCUUCGUGACCCACGCACACUCAAGGUCGAACAUCGCCUUCACGCACAUCCCGGUGGUCUUGUCGACGUCCAAGCAGACGGUCAUAUCCUCUAUUCGGUUGGUUGGACGGUUCGUCAAGGUCAUCCCGUACCCGAGCCGCUCGUCAAGGUCCACGAUCUGCGUACCAUGCGUGCACUCGUGCCCAUUCCAUUUGCAGCGCCGGGCGGACCGACGUUGCUGGCCAUCCAUCCCAAAUUGUCCUCCACCGUCAUCGUUUCGGCUCCCCAAGGCCAAUUCCAGAUCGUCGACAUCGGCACGCCAGGCGAGGGCAGGUUCUUCUACACCAACGCUAGCUCCUUCACCACCUCGAUGGCCAUCUCGCCUUCAGCCGACUACAUCGCGUUCGGUGAAGCCGACGGAAGUGUCCGUCUGUGGAGCUCUUCGUCCGACACGUCCAACUUGCGCUUCAACACGUUCGCCUCUUCUUCGCUCGAGUUCCCCGACAUGACAGACCCAGCGCCCUUCGUCAACUGGUCCACAGAGACGCCACUGUCGUCCAUCGGCAUGCCGCACUACACCGAAAAGCUCAUGUCCUACUUUGAGUACGAGCAGUACGUCUCGGAAGCAUCGCCCCUCUUCAAUCCUCCAUCCAAGAUCGAUCCUGCCGUUCUCAACAAUCUCAAGACCGUCGACUACUUGGGCUAUGCCAGUCUUCCACCGCAUCUGAGGGGAAAGAGGAACGUCGUGUCAGGCAAAGGACCGGGAGGCAUUCGAGCCAGUGCACUGCAUCGGCCCGAAGACCGCAAGAAGAUCGGAAUCCCGCUCUUCCGCAGCGAAAAGGAGAAGGAGCAGACCAAGAAGGCAGCCGCCGCAGCAGCGGCAGGCAUCACUCCAGCAGACAAGAAGAAGAAGAAGGCAGACAAGAAAAGAGCCGAGGCUGGCUCGGAAAGUGUGUCCACCUCGGCAGAUUCUCGACCAGAACGCAAAGCAGCCUCAGAGAAUGCAUCGACCUCGCGCACGGUCAACAGCACAUCCAAUCUGGCCAGGAUGGACAACAGCCCCACCGAUGACGUUGCUAUGGGUCAAAACGACGAUGAAGACAACGCAUCUGGACGAGAACGCGACUCGGACGACAGCAGCGACGACAGCGAUGCAUCCGACGAGGAAGAAGGGCAAGAGGACGUCGACACAGCAGAAGCCAUGCUCGUUAAAGGACAAAUGCCUUCGUACUACCGCUUCAAGACCAUCCAGUACUCAAAGUUCGGUGUCGAAGACUUUGACUUUGACUUCUACAACAGGACGCAGUACAGCGGUCUCGAAACCCACAUCCAAAACUCGUACGCCAACUCGUAUCUCCAAGCGCUUCACUACCUGCCGCCCUUCCGGGAGACGGCCAAGGCACACAUCCUGCAGAACUGCCCGCGCGAGAACUGUCUGCUGUGCGAGGCGGGCUUCCUGUUCCGCAUGCUCGAAGAUGCCAGAGGCGCCAACUGCCAGGCGUCCAACUUCCUUCGUGCAUUUGGCAACAGUCAGAAAGCCACCAGCCUUGGCUUGAUGGACCGCGAGGACAGCUUGACCAACCAGUCGAGCGCCAGUGGAGCGAGCAAGAACGAGAUCGUGUACAGCCAGCUGGUUCAAACCUUGAACAGGUUCGUAUUGGACUGCACCGCCAACGAAGCGCAAGCGUCGACGGACAACUCGACUGGAAGCAAUGCGCCGACAUCGAGCUCGGCGCCCAGUCGUGCAUCCCCUGCUGGUGCACCUCCUGGCUUAGGACCACCUCUCAGCAGCAACCGCGGCGGCGGACUGAGUCCAGGACGAAGGCUCCCGGGCGACCCGACGUCUCCCACAUCGCCGCUGCCAGCGGAAUCCACCGUGUCCGCAGCCACCUCGAGCGUGGCCAAGCUCUUUGCACUCAACACGGUCGCCAAGACGGUCUGCAUCCACUGCGGCCGCGAAAACACACGCAGCAAUCCGCUGCUGUCUGUCGACCUCAUCUAUCCUCGUCGUGCCAUGUCCAACGAACCUGCGCCCGCCUCCGACUUUGCCACGGUGCUACGCGCAUCGCUACUGCGAGAAGUGCAGAACCGAGCUCCCUGCCGAGCCUGUCAGUUUACCGCCAUGUUCCGAACCCGCCGGGUGAUGCCGGCCACGUCGGAGCUGCCUCGUGUUCUGUCAGUCAACGCCGCAAUCCAGGCUCCCGAGCACCUGCACUACUGGUUGGAUGACAACCAGAAGGGCGGCAAAGCAACACCCGCACGAUCGAACGGGCAGCAGCAGCAGCCAUAUGGCAAGGGGUCGUACAUGGGCGGCAUGCAUGGUAACAACCAGCGCGGUGGUGGACCAGCCCUGCCAACAGGCCCGCGAGCCGACAAUAAAGCAACAGGCGGAGACGCCAAACGCACUUAUCUUCCGCCUCGCAUUGCUAUCGGCGUCCAUGGUGAGGAUUUGCGCGUGCUUCCCAUUUACACGGCCGCCGACCUGGACAGAGCCAAGAUGUCGCUUGGACGGCAAGCGGCGAUCUACAAGCUUCGAUCGAUGGUGGUGCAGAUCUCGGCGGAGAAGGAGCAGCCGCACCUGUGCGCCAUCGUUCGCGUCCCGGAGGCCGAAUCGAUCGACGCAGCAGCAACCACAGCAACGACGCCCAAGCUGACCAACGCGACCAUCGCUGGAGGGGUCAAGAAGAGCGCCAAAGCCAAAGCGAACGCGCUCGGACCGUGGCAUCUAUUCAACGACUUCCUGGUGCGCAACAUCUCGGAGGGCGAAGCGCUGGGUUUCCAGAACGCAUGGAAGAUGCCGUCGGUGCUCAUGUGGGAACGGGAAGACGUGGAGCCGUUGUCGAUCCUCGAGCUGCGCCAAGGACGUACGUCGAUCGACCCGACCAUUCUUUGCCGUGACUUUAACAUCUCGCACCACCGCGAUCUGAAGCGGAUCCGUCACAGCCUGCUGUCGGAAGAGGAGCUGCCUGGGCCGGGUACGUUGGUUGCGAUCGAUGCCGAGUUCGUGGCGCUCAACCAGGAGGAGUUGGAGAUUCGAUCAGACGGCACACGCUCGGUGAUUCGCCCCACACGUCUUUCUCUCGCUCGUGUCUCCGUAGUCCGCGGUCAAGGCGCGCAAGAAGGCGCGGCGUUCAUCGAUGACCACAUCUACACGCAAGAAGAAGUGGUGGACUAUCUCACCAAGUUCUCUGGCAUUCUUCCUGGCGAUCUCGACCCAGCCACCUCCAAACACACCGUUGUGCCGCUGAAGUCAGCCUACAAGAAGCUGCGGCUGCUCGUGGAUCGCGGGUGCAUCUUCAUCGGCCAUGGGCUCAAGAAGGAUUUCCGCAUCAUCAACAUUUUUGUUCCGCCAGCGCAGGUGAUUGAUACGGUGGACCUGUAUCAUUCGGCGAACCACCCGAGACGGUUGAGUUUGCGAUUCCUGUCGUGGUUCCUGCUCAAGAUCGAUAUUCAAUCGGGGGCGGCGGCUAACAACCAGAUCACGGCGAGGGAGGAAGCGGCGUCCAAGGCGAGCGGGGAGAGUAAGGAGGGGAAGGAGGUCAAGGAGAACGUGGCCCAGUCGGCAAGUGGUGCUGGAUCAACGGCGGUGGAAGGAGGUCACGAUUCGAUCGAGGAUGCGCUCGCUGCGUUGAAGCUGUUCAGACUGUACGAGUCGUUCAACAAGGAUGGUAGGCUGGAGGACGUGCUGGAGGAUAUCUACGAUGUUGGACGUCGACUCAAUUGGAAGCCGCCGAAUGCUACGUAG